CCAGGCAGCGUGAGGCCGAUCACUGAUACCCUUGCCCGGAAGCGUGGGCGCCCUUUUUUUUUUCUCUGCGCGACACCUGCAAGGCGGCCCGGCAAGCUGGUACGCUCGAGCGCAGGUAGCAUGCCGAACGGCCCGCUGAAGAAUCUCCACCACGGAACACUCAGUAGCCCUGCCUGUCAGCCUAACACGCCUAGGCGCGAGUGAGAAGCCGACUGGCACGCUGAAGAAUUACCGCCGCCGAAAACUCAUGGAAGAGGCAACGGGUGAGAGAGGACGGGCGCGGGAGGAUCAGCAGCGACCAGACUCCGCGGAAAAACUUUUUGAGCUGUCUGCAAGCGGCGCUCGCCCGCAAGACGGCCUCCCGUUGGGCCAGUUUGUUUUCCACCGCGGAAGUUCCAUCUGUUCCGAGCCCCACAGAUGGCGAACGCUCCGCGAAUUCCAACCGGAAGCGCCACCAGGCGACAUCCUGGGGGGGCGCCGGCAUGCACACAGCGAUAGCCCCUGGCGCAGAGCCCAGCACGGUGGCGGGACGGUUGAACGGCCCUCGAGCACUCGGCAGAGCGAAGGCCAGCCCUCCGCAGCGCAGGCGGCCCCGCUCGGGCCGUGCGAGAAGAGCCCCACGGGCUCGCCCCGUCUGCCGCUACCACGGGAGAGGUCGCUGCCUCCCCCCCGCUCCACGGGAAAGGUGGCCUGCCGCCGGAAGAAGGUGGCCUCCCUGGGCCGUGGUGGCCUGCAGCCGAAAAUGGUUCACAUCCGGGGAGUGAUCAUGUGAGAAAUCUGGGCCAGCUUCCCAGCCUGAGAGAGAGAGAGAGAGGGAGCGCGAUCCUACAGUUGGUGCCCUGGUGCCCUGGCCCUGGCCUGUUGCAGGAGCGAGGUGCCACGUCGGCAAGGGGCAAAACGGGCCAGCGUCCAUGCGACGCGGCCAAGCGCACAUGUUGACUUCAUGUCUACGAGGGUCAUUGGACGCGGGACUGGCUAUUGUGGGAAGAGUAUCGACUUGAAGGAAUACGAUUCAUCCCACCCCCUGAAGACUAUGGUGAGAAGAACGUCGACUUGAAAAAAUACGGUUCAUCCCACCCUCUGGAGAGUGGAAUAUAGGCAGGAGCAGUCCCCACCCCCUCCC